AUGUUCAACUCCUGUGCCCAUACCAUAGUUCGUCCAACGAGCCAUUCAGGCUGUGUUGACGGCUACCGUCUUGUCCAAGCAAAUGCAAUGGUCUCGUCAGCCGGACCAGGAAAAUUCGGCGGUUUCUUUACCUAUGUCACUUCCUGCGCCGAACUAUGUGCAAAAGAUUAUGGACUAGUACGAUGCAUCGGAUUCGCAUACGAACCAGACAACAGAGGUCGAGUUCUUUUCCUACUUCAGAUAGAAGUCUCAAAAAUUCCAUUGCAGGUAAAUGUACGCUGUAUCAACGAUCACUAG